GGUCCAUCUCGGCUGAGUUACGUACUGGGUAGGCGAAGAUUCUCGAUUCUAUGUAGUAUAAUUUCGACUAAAACUACUAGGUAGGUACCUAGGUAAGCAUGAUGUCCUGAACUUGGAGGUGUCCUAAAGCGGGGCGGUGUCAGCUGAAGACCGCAUACUUGGGCAGCCCUGCAGAAUGCAUAGUACUUUCAUAUCUAACAGCUGACAACACCCGUCCACCUAUUUUGUUAAUAGCCCUGGAGUAGUACAUCUUCUCAUGAGGUACCUAGGAAGAAGCCUGAGAAGAAGCCUUGGCUACGUGGGCGAGUGGACCUUCCCUCUUGUAGGCUCACCGAAACGUCGCCUACACACAAUAGUGUGGUUCGUCCGCGGACAGUCAGUACCUACAAAUAAUAUUAAGAAGGUAUGAGAGAAGGGAACUAAAAGGCAAUUAUCCAAGAGACAGGCAGUGUACACAAGUGUGUCCCUGCGAUGUAUAUAGAAAACCAGACGCGGCGAAUUGGUCCUCCUGAAUAUUUUGACGCCGGAAUUGAAAAUUGGAAUUUGUAUAUUGUCAGCGGUAAGGCCAUACCUAGCUGUUGAAACAUGCAAACUUUCGGAUCACAAAUACAGAACAACAUGGAUCCGAGAAACGAUCGAUAUGCGGAUGAAUGUGAUAGAUCCAUGGAUGUCGAUAAGUUUUCAUCGGGUGUUUGCCUAACAUUGAUGUCGAAAAUGGAAAAGGAAUUAAGAGGAGCCUCUCAAUCUACAGGAAACCCCAGGAAGCCCGACCGAUUUGGUAUUAGUCAGCACCCUUCGAGAGUGGGGAAGGAAAACCCCUCCACUGUUACCAAGUCCCUGGAAACGCUCCAACUAUCAAUUAAAAACGACACUAGGGACGGGCCGAGAGAGCUGAAAACUCAAACUGGGAACCAGCUUAAAUGCCAACCUUCUCAAGUUGAAAGGGCUCUUAUCGCUUUUUUUCUUGGAUACCUACAAUACUACCAAAAAUCUGGGCAUCUUUCAGUAUGCCAAAUCAUCAUCUCAACCACCCAAACCACGCCGAAAAAUGAUCACCCGGUAGACGAAGCCGAAGUUGAUGGGGUUGGAGGUAGCAGCACUAGCCCUUCAUACAACCACAACUCCCAAAAUCUUGCAUUUCCAUCUUCCGCCUCCAAGAAAUAUGGAAAUUCCAAACGACAGCGCGGUAAAAGGAGCCGUGGAGAUCCUCCGGACCGGCGAGGUGGGAAACGCUCGCCCUCUUCAAAGCGUGGAGAUGAGUCUCAGUUGACUUUCGCAUGCCCAUACUACUAUGCCGACAAGGAAAGGCAUUGGUACUGCCACCGUUUCGCCUUCUGGCGCAUCGGCGAUGUUCGGCAACAUAUCAAGAGGAAGCAUAUUUCGCCUAUUUAUUGCCCUGUAUGCGGAGAUGAGUUCCGCAGUGACGCUCUAAGGGAUGAACACAUCAAUGCUCAGACUUGCCAACACCAUGAUUUCCCCCAUUCAUGGGCCACAGCUGAACAGAUAAGCAGUAUGGAUAUGGCAGCCAAUGAAUUGAACUCUUCUAGCGACGAGGAGCGUUGGUUCACCAUUUGGGAUAUCAUGUUUCCGGACAGACAACAGCCUCCAUCCCCAUAUAUUUCCGAUACUUACUGGGGACUUCAGGCCUCAGUAACUCGUGAUGUCGUCAAUGAGUAUCGCACUCAACCGAGAUACCAGCAAGUCGCAGGACAGCAAACUUACUUGGUAGAUAGCGUCCUUGACGACUUUAUCUCCUUCCUUCACGAGAAUUCUCAUUCAUCAACGCCAGAUACAUUCCAGCCCCCCAUUCCCCCCAUUCCCUCGACCCCAAUUACUUCGGACCCAUUAGAAUUUUUACCUCAAUCAACCAUGCCCUCAAUUAUGUCGCCAAGUUUUCAAUCAAACGUACCCACCUUCACCCCAAGUCAAGCACAAGAUCUCGCACCAUCUUAUCUAUUAAAUCCAGAUCAAACAUCAUUCUUUUAUUUUGAUCACAAUUUUGAAGAAAUUCCUGACGAUGAAUUCGAAAACAUCAACUUUACGUGGCAACCGGGUGGAAAUGAUAAUUCGACAUCGUGAUUACAUGUUUGUGGGACUGGAAUAAGUAUCGUGUCGCCUGCGAGAGGCGUGAAUAUCACGGUAGUGCCGUGCUUACGGGGUAAUUUCUAGGUCCUUUGCGCUACGGUUAGCGGUAGCUUUCAACCAUUCAUUCUUUUCGAUUAAAACAGUCCCCACUAAACUUCCAUGGAGUUCAGCGUUCUAAACAGAAACACAUUCGUGUUAUGGUACAAUGGUGAAUGUGAUAGUUGAUCACAAGUUCGUGACGGGUGAUUUCAUCUCACGUAAAAAUACAUAGUUAUACCUAUAUACAAUUUCAUAUCAAUUAAACAUUGGGCAAUUUCGAUGUCGUAAAGUUUUGUU